AUGUUCCAUCGGUUUUACGGUGCGGAGACGAACGAGGCGAUGGCCGAAGAGUUCCAAGCCAGGGUCACAGGCUUGGGAGUUGAGCUGAGUCCAGCGCAGAUACAGGGACAUUUGCUUUUGUAUAAAGAUGAUCCGUACAAGGCGAUUGACACGCGAUUCGACGUCUAUUUUGUAGACGAGCGAUUCGGACUGGGCUAUUGGAGUAUUGGGGAUAACACUGGACCUCAUUGUGUUUUAUCAUUUGGUUUUUGA